AUGGAACCACACGCGGGCGAGGAGGCGGUUGCUUCUGCUGUGCAGUCGCCUUCGCCGGCUCAUGUCGCGCCUGCUACGAAUGCGGAUCCUGAUAUUCAGCGUAUCAUGGAUGUCUGCACGAAGCUGAAAGCGGAGGAUAGGCCUAAGAUGCUCAAGAUCUGUGAGAGCUUCCUCAUCGACGCCAACAGAGACCGGGGUGGUUACUACAUCAGCAGCUAUGUUCCGGAUCCACAGCCGUUUCGAUUCAUGGAUCUGCCGAUUGAGCUCAGGGUAGAGAUUGCACGAUAUGCGCUUGCUUCUGAUGAGCCGCUGUCGUUUCAGUGGUCAUACGGAGCUGAAAAGGAGCUCAUCGGUUCCUUCCGAGGGUUGGAGGAACUCACUGCACUCACACGUGUAUCGAAACAACUUCACACCGAGCUGGCUAACAUUACAUGGACUGUAAACACGCAUUUUCGGUUUGACUCGAUCGCAUCUGACGAGGUUCAAGAAGACUACGAUUACGAUGAUGUUGAUGUUGAUCAAAACAAUAUCAUGGUCGACAAGGCGCUAGUCUACUUUUCGAAAGUAAUUGUCAACGCAUGCUUCUCAAAGACUUUGUUCAUCAUUGUCAAGUACUACCUCCGGCACCACCGCGAGUACAAACAUUUCAGAGAGCACAUGUCAUCGCUAGCGAAGCAAUUACCGAUGGUCAAGUGGACGGUCAUAAACGGCUUAUGGAACCUAACGUCGGAAUGCGUCAAGAGGACAGUUCUGAUUGCAGAUUUUAUGAGCAGGGGUCGUCAAGCAGCGUCGGAAUUGGCCAAAUUAGAUGCGGACGGUAUUCCCCGGAAUUGGAAUCUUUUGCCACUCAUCAUUGGCGGACACCGUACCCAGAUCAAACAGAAGUUGUUAGCAGCAGGCUUCGAGGAGGCGGCGGAGUGGAUGGAUCGGGGUGUGUAG